AUGGAAAGAAAAUUCGCGCUUAUAACAAAAGGAGACUUAUCCCCAAUAUCACCUUUUUCGCAGUUUUGUUUAACUUCCCUCCCUCCGAUUGGAACUUUUAGUGCACAAGUUGAAGAUCGAAUAAUCCCUGACUCCCCCCCCCCUUUAAAUUGGAACUAAAAAUUUUGUUCCAAUUUGAGGGGUUAAUUUUUUUUUUAAAAAAAAAAUUCAAAAGCUUAUCGAGUUAGAUUAAUAAAUUUGUUUUAAUAAAACGCUAUUUACUCUUUAUCCUUUAAAAAAAAGUAAGAUAUAGCUAAAUUUUUAUUAUUAGUUAAUACGCCACUAUUAAUUGGCAUCAAAAUUAUUUGCACAAAAAUUAUUAUUUUUAUUGAUAAAAAAAAAUUAAAAAAACAAAUUUAGAAAAUUUAUCAUCAAAGUGCUAAUUUUAUUUAAAUAAGAUGUUAUUUAUACUCUAUUCUUUAAAAUAAAGCAAGAAAUAACUAAAUUUUGAAAUUUUUUAAAGAAUUCCUAUUGAAUUUAUAUCAAAACUAUUUAAAUAAAAAAUCUCAUUUUUAUUAAAAAAAUAAAAAAUUUUUUAAAAAAUUUUUAAAAAUUUACAAUUAAGGAUAAUAAAUUUAUUUAAAUAAGAUGCUCUUUAUACUCUAUUCUUUAAACAAGAGCAUGAUAUAACUAAAUUUUUAAUUUUAGUUAAGAAGAAACAUUUAGCUUAUAUCAAAACGUUUUAGAUAAAAAUUUAUAUAUAAUUUUUUAUUAUAAAAUUAAAUUUUGUUCAAUUUUAAAGGGGGGUUAAUUUACCAAAAAAGUGGAAAUUUUACCUAUAUUUUGUUCCAAUUUAAAGGGGGGGGGAGUGAAGAAAAAGAAGAAACAAAAAUCGAGCAAUUGCCCAUUGUAAAUACACCCUGUGGGUGUAAACGAACUCAUUGCUUGAAACUAUAUUGUGAGUGCUUUGCAAAUAACAGGUACUGUGUAGGAUGCAAUUGCCACAAUUGUCAUAAUCUGCCAAGCUAUGAUGAUGCAAGGCAGGCAACGAUGAAGCAAAUUGCUGACCUCCUAUUUGGUUUAACCGACUUCCAUCAUUCAUUAGGUUAAUCUGAAUUUUUUUAAAAAAAAUAUUUAGCGCUUGCAAUAAGAGAUAAAGCACGUAAUAUAUUAGUAAAUAUGUUAAAAAUAGCAUUAAACUUGUGGAACAGUUUAUCCUAUUUAACAUCUAAAAUUCAUUAUAGUCAAAGGUAGGUAGUUAGAUUUAAGCAUGAUAAUACCAGAAUAUAUUAAAAUCGUUGGAUCAAGGAUUUUCCUUUUUAGAAAAUGUUCAAUGGAAUUUUUCGAUCAAGGUGAAGGGAGUGAGAGAAAUCCUGUAGCUUUUAAGCCUGAAAAUAAUACAGUUCUGAAAGUUUGCCACUGUAAAAGAUCGAAUUGUGUUAAAAAAUAUUGCGAGUGCUAUGAAGCUUCAAAGGCAUGCACGCCGCUCUGCAAAUGUGAGGGGUGUAAAAAUAUGAGUGUAGGAUAA